GGACGAUUCGAAACAGUACGAACUGAGAACCAGAACAAACUUACUGACAAGUUAUUUAUUUUUGUUGAUGUCAUUUUUCAGAAAGAUGAAUAAACCUAACUUUUUUUAUUUAUAUUUUUCAACAGCGAUGAGAGUAUUGAAAAUAUAACUCGGAAAAAUUUAAGUUAUUAAAAUAAACUAUGGAAGGAUACUAUAAGUGGCUAUCAGUAUAGAGUUAUAAAACAUAAAUUAAACAUAUAUAACUGUAUAAAUGCAAUAAGGGUAUUUUUCCCAGUAACAUUCUAAAUAAUGUACUUAUUUCAACAAAUAAUAGUCGUACUUAAUAUAGUCGUAUGUAGUUAUCAAGCAGGAGACUGUGGUUGCAGUCUCAACCGAAAUAAUAGAUGUCAGGGAGACUCCAACCCAAGUCACAAAUAUAUGAAAGAAUCAAAUGAGGAAACCGGCAAUAAAUUACAACAUCCUUUUGAAACGUCCAAUAUGGUGCUAAUAGACGGGGAUACAUUUGAAAUGGGAACAAACAAACCAGUGUUCGCAACUGAUCAUGAAGGUCCCCUCCGAAAUGUGACUAUAGGCUCAUUUUAUUUAGACAAGUUUGAAAUAUCAAAUCAAAAUUUUUACGAUUUUGUUAGAGAAACAGGGUACAAAACUGAAGCAGAGACUUUCGGCGACAGUUUUUUAUUUGAAAUGUCACUGCCUGAGAAAGAUAGAGGAGGGUAUAAGGACGUAAGGGCAGUACAAGCUCCUUGGUGGAUUAAAAUGAAAGAUGUUUAUUGGAAACAUCCUGAAGGACCCGGAUCAACUAUAGAAGAUAGAAUGAAUCAUCCUGUUAUUCAUGUGUCUUGGAAUGAUGCUGUGAAAUAUUGUAGUCAUUUAGGAAAAAGAUUACCUACAGAAGGAGAGUGGGAAAUGGCUUGUAGAUCAGGCUUGAGGCAAAAACUGUACCCUUGGGGGAAUAAACUGAAUCCAAAAGGGCAACACUGGGCCAAUAUCUGGCAAGGGGAAUUUCCGAAGGUUAAUACUGCAGAUGACGGUUACAUAUUUACCAGUCCUGUGGACGGGUUUCCUCCAAACAAAUUUGGUUUAUAUAACAUGGCAGGAAAUGUUUGGGAGUGGACUCAAGAUGAUUGGCUAGGAGAUUCUGAUUCCAAAGUUAAAAAAGGGGGUUCAUUUCUCUGUCAUGAAUCAUACUGUUGGAGAUAUAGGUGUGCAGCAAGGUCGUCGAAUACAAGAGACAGUUCAGCCUCUAAUCUGGGAUUUCGUUGUGCAGCUGAUAAAAUUUAGGUUUCAACAAAAAAAAUUCAAUCAAAUCGGCAGAUUACAAUAACGUACUUAUAAUAUUCCUGCCAAAAGGUCUUCCAAAUAUAUUAAAAUAUUUAAAACUUGUUGUAUAAUCAUUUUUGAAAUAAAUUAUAAACUAUUGACAAUAAA